AUGAACCAAGAUACAGCUUUUCCGCCGCUCCUUCACCAUACCCAUUGGAAAGGGGUACGACAAGGCGAUACUAUAUCGUCAAAGCUGUUCACAGCUGCAUUGCAAUGGAUAAUGAAAUCACUUUCCUGGGAAGAAAGGGGCAUACGUGUUGAUGAAAGAUUUCUCUCAAACCUUCGUUUCGCGGACGACAUCGUUCUCUUUUCGAGCAGUAUUAAUGAAGCAGAAACGAUGUUCAACGAAUUGAACGAAGUAGGAAAGAGAAUAGGACUGCGAAUAAACAGAAAAAAGACACAGUUCAUGAAGAACGCGUACUGCGAGGACGAAGGAGUACAACUUGAAGGCUACCAAAUCGUGGAAAUUUUGUCAUACGUAUACCUCGGACGUUCUAUGAACAUGGAAAACGAAGAAGAAUUGAAUAGAAGAAUGAGAGCAGCAUGGGCAGCAUUCGCAGCCGUCAGAGAAGCUGCGGACCAACUGACGGACCAAGAUCUUCGAGCCCACCUGUUCGACUCGACAGUCUUUACAGCGCUCUGUUACGCAGCGGAGACGUGGGCAGACACCACGGCCACGUCUAGGAAGCUACUUACUACCCACGGAGCCCUUGAGAGCUGUCUUCUGAAGUUUAACCGGUGCACACAACACCUAGCCGGUCUUCGCAGCUCCGACUUAAGAGGAAUGUCCCGUCUUCACGACCCAGCGGAAUAUAUAUCGAAAGCAAAACAUAGAUGGGUCGGUCACAUCAUGAGAAGAAUCGACGAUAGAUGGACUAAAAGAACGCUAGAGUGGAUCCCAAGAGAUGCUAAGUGCCCUCGAGGGAGACAGCCAACGAGAUGGGGUGACGUGUUCGCUACACGGACGGACCAGCUGAGAGCUCAGCUGGAUACGGCUCAAGGACCUCGUCAACGUCACUCACGAAACUUGAGAACAUGUUGCAUGACAAUGGCGAGGGAACGAAACGAGUAG